CCUGUAUUUGCAUUAGCGAUUUGCGUGAGGUGAUCCCGAGAGAGAGAGUGAGAGGAAAAGACAAAAAAGUGGAAUGGAUUGAAUUGAAUGGAAGUGGAUCAGUGGAGCAAACCAAGCAGCUAGUGUCAUAUUUUUCAUGAAAACAUAGAAUUCCUGCAGUGAAAGACAUGGUAAAGAAUUCAAGCUGGACGAAUGUGUACAGAAAUGAAUUUACAAACACUAUUUCAGGAUUUUAAUCCUAGCAAAUUCGUUGUGCACAGUUGCUUACUAGUUUUUACGGCCUUGUUAGCCUUAAAACUUGACGGCGCUAUAACAUGGUCGUAUUGGGCCGUAUUUACCCCGAUAUGGGUUUGGAAAUUCCUCGUAGUGCUUGGUGCAACAGUUGGCACUUACGUUUGGUGGCAGUACCCUCACUUCAGGUUAGAAGGAGAGGCAUACAUUCACUACAAAGCCAUGCUGAUCAGUCUUGCCAUCCACCUGAUCCUGCUCAUGUUUGAACUGCUUGUCUGCGAUCAGCUCUCGGUGAAACGUCAUGUGUGGAUACUAGUCUUCAUACCUUUAAUUUUUAUAAGCAUAGUAUCCAUCGCCAUUUGUAUAUGGUCUGUACGGCAUGAUCGGAGUUACGAGUUGGAGUUGUUUUGCGCCGUGAAUAUCCUGCAGUUUAUCUUCUUGGCACUAAAAUUGGACGAGUUCAUCAACUGGUCCUGGGAAGUCGUGUUUGUGCCACUUUGGAUUCUGAUGUGUCUGAGCCUUGUUGGUGAGUGGGUGCUGUACAGCAUCAUCUUCGCGGGCAUGCUGCUGCGCACGGCGGAGGCCAACGUGCAGCAACGCCGCAGCAGCUUCCACGCCGCGCUCGCGUACACCUUCACUGUUAUACCGAUUUUGGUGUUUCUGGUUUUGCUGACCAAUAAGUUAGAUGACGGUAUGCAGUUGUCUUACACGGUAGUCGCUAGCCCGCUCUUCGUGGGAUUUGCAACGCUGAUCGUCAUGUCAUUCAGCUCGAAAGGUGGUAACAAAUGGUGGUUCGGCAUCAGGAAAGACUUCUGCCAGUUCCUCCUAUCAGUGUUCCCGCUCCUCCAAGAAUACGCUAACAUCGCCUACAACAACAACGUAAAUCGAGGCUCCAAUGUAGUCCCUACUGAGCCCCCGGUCACACAAGAACCUUACCGGGAUGAAGACACAAAGAAAGUCAAAGAGAAUAAAAAUCAUAAGAAUCAAAAGAAAAAUGAAGUGAUGAAACCUGUAGUGCCUGUGACUAGUAUAGAUAUGCCUGAUUGACGCUUUAAAUUAGUAAGUGAAGUGGUCAUAUGUUGUGUCCCGUUUGGGCUACAGUGUUGCUGUUCAGUUUUCAUGUUGCAGAGAAAUAAUGUGAGUCUCCUUUUUAAAUAUAUUUUUCGUUUAUAGAAAUAGCACAAAGAAAAAUCAAUUGCGAAUUCUUUUGGCAUAAUCUUUUUAAGAAUUGACUGAAAAUGUAUGUUUAGGAAACUUAAAUUUGAACUAGUCAAGGCAUUCAAAAACUACAUAUUUAAAUAGAAUCUAUGUAUUCUUGUGUGUAAGGGUCUAAAAAAAUUAAAAAAUAAACUUUAGAAGAAAACUGAAUAAAGACACUUCAUCUUAAGUGUUAUACUAUAAGCAAUUUUUAACGUAUUGUUAAGUUUGAUGUUAAUUUAACUUUAAACUUUGUUGUAGGGAACAAUUUAACAAAAUGUUUCUAUGAAACCUUUCAUCUCAAAAUGUCAAAGUAUGACUGGUUUUUUGCUGCUUAGUCUACAAAUGUGACGGUUUCAACUAAAAGGUACAACAUUAUUGGUUGUCGAUAAGGUCGAUUCCAAAUUAAGACAAACAACGAUAAGUACCCUUUUGGUUGAACUAUUUUCAAACAUGAAUGUUAAGUGAUACAGUUUGUGGUUUUUAUGCGUGUCUCUUUUUUCCUGCACAUUAUUUUCGAAAAACGAACUAUCUGUAUUGACAGACACUGUAUUAAAAUAUUUCAGUGUGUGAGUGCACCAAUCAGAGAUCUUAAGAGCAGAGAAGUAGUCUAUAUAAUAUUGUGUGUAAUGUGCAUUAUGUAGUCGACAGGUCGUCACGCACACAUACCUAAAAUAAACGAUAAUAACACUCUGAACACCAUUAUGCGUUCUAUUAUUAAAAAGAAGCACGCGUGAUUGUACAAUAUAACUUGGUUAAAACAUUGUUGUAGAAAUAGUUAUAGAUGGGACUAGGAAUGUGACUAAUUCAAUGUUAACAGAAAUGUUUAGUUGAAAUGUUGUUGUAGUUUAAUGGGGCUAUGGACAAUGUACACUUCGUUUCGUCAUGACAGUAUCUCAGAUUAAACACUAAUAUAAGUUUAAGAACAUAUUUUCUAAAUGAUGUGAUUAUGGGAUAUUGAAACACAAAAACGAAUACUGGUAGUAGUAGUUAUAACUGCUGUUUACCAUUAGGCUGGGGGUACAUACACAUACAUCUUAUAUUACAGGUACAUUUAGUAAUACUCACUCAAACACACUCAUCACUUAUUACUCAUUUCAAACAGAAAAUUUAAUUUGUAACGAAAAUUCGCGCUUAAAACAAUAUCUAGCAAUAAAGUUCAUAAAGUAUUGGUGCAUAUAAGUAUUGUGUAUGAUCCAAACCUUAGUUUGGUAUAGUCGUUCUUUUUUAGCUGGCCCCGAACGGCUAAUUCUUUGUCUAUUAUAGAUUGUAAGUAAAACCGCACGUGCAAGUACUACAAGCAAAAAAAUAUUCUAAUUCGCACCUGAGCGCGGGUUAGUCCAACGCUCAAAAAAGCAGUGUAAGUGUGCUCUCCCAUAACGCGCCUUUGUUACGCAUGUCGAUGACACAUUUUAGACUGAUUCUGUAGCGUUCGACUCACCGGCACUCAAUAACCGUAGAGGGACCACACACAACAUCGCAACAUAUUUUUGCAUUAGUCCAUUUUGAAUCUUAUUGCAAUUCCCAUAAAGUCGUAAUUCAAUAACCGGAUAAAGCGAACAAAACUUACUUACGCACGUACGGUUUUACUUACAGUAGAAAAAGGAUUUGCCGUUCGGGGCCAGCUAAAAACAAUCGACCAUAAACAUAUAACUUUCUAUCACUUUUUAAUUUGUGCCUCAAUAUUGUUGUGACUAUGUACUUUUACCUCUGUUAUCGAAUGACUAGUUCUUAUUUUGAAUAACUAAAGCUAGCUGCUUAAUGUGAAGCCUGCUAAUUUGUAUUUUUUAUUUAUUUCUUAUGUGAAACUAUGUCGUGCAGCUUAUGACUUUAUGUUGGUACUGGUAAUAAUUUGGUAUAAAAUAAUAUUCACUUCUUAAUGUUAUUUUACAAUGUUAUCUAUUUCUUUGUCACCUAAAAGUUCUAAAAUUCAAUAUUUUUUAUAUAAAUGGUACUUCUAUUUAAAGUCUUCAAUUUACAGUUCAAGUACAUAAAUUUAGAAACAUGCGACACCUACAAAGGUCAACCUAUCCAUUAUUUUUUUAUGUAGUCCUUUUAAUCCUUUAACGAGCAUAAGGGUGUCAGAAAUUAUGCAAAAUAGAACCCUAUCACUUCGCAAUAAAGUUCUAAAUCAUAGUGGGGAAUAUGUUCCCGUUGCCUCAUAAAAACUUAAAAGUUCUACAAAA